AUGCCGCUCUUCUUCCGUAAAAGGAAACCCAGUGAUGAAGCCCGCAAGCGCCUUGAGUACCAAAUGUGCCUGGUAAGUCGGCCAGAGCUAGGUGGGCCAGCUGCUGGGACUCUUCAGGCUAGCAGGGGCUCCACUAAGGUUUUGAGGAAUCUUCUGGAACCAUGAAAGAAUGUCAUCACCUGGUCUUUUCUGGCCCUUGUUACAGAUGAAUCCUAAGCAGGCUGGAUGGAUGUAGCAGAUCCACAGUAUAAAAGCCCUGCCGCCAUGUCAUAAUUUGUUUCAUAAAACUAUGCCAACUCUGGGAUGAUGCAGCUAGGGGGGUUAGGGGGUCAGGCCCUAGACCCUCAGGGGAUCAACUGGUGCCUACUCCACCCACCCACCCAGAAAAACAUGCCCCUUAUUGGUGGAAAACUCUGCAGAAGAGUCUUUCCACCAGGAGUGGGGAACCAAACCAGCAGAGUUCCCAGCAAGGAUCAGGUGAGAGGCAAUGUCAGAGCACUCCAAGAUCAGGUUUGGCCUGGCAGAAGCUUGGCUAGCAGGCAUGGCACCGAGCUGGUAUAUAGACAUUCUUAGUAGCUCUUCCAAUCCUGCGCUGGUUUUUGAGCUGGAGUUGGUGUAAGCACACCCCAACCACAGCUGAAUCCUAUCAUCUCCCUUCUGUACAGGGGUCUGCUUGAGAAGAUGGUCUUACAUCCCAAGGAGACCUUGCCUGUAGUUGGGCACUUCUCCAGAUGGACUGGGAUGGACCUGGUGUUUAAGGCUUUCCCUUGGGCUUGGGACAUGUCCAAACUCAAUGCCAGAGGCCAAACUCACCCCUGGUACUGGUCAUCUGUCCUAGGCCUCAUCACUCCUCACUCCCAGAUGGAGCGUGACCCAGGGCUUGGUGUAAGGCUGGAGCCUCCUGGUCCUUCUCUGAUGAGGAGUCACACUAUCAAGGCAUGACACCCACCUCUGAUUGGGACUCACCCUGUUGGGACACCACAUCUGUAUUGCCUGCACCGACUGAUGGUGGCUCUCUAGGGUUUUCAGGGAAGGGAUGCGCCCAACGCAACCUGGGGAUGCCAGGGAUUGAACCUGGGACCUUCUGCAUACAGAAUAAAUGCUGUGCCACCAAGCUACAGCCCUUCCCCAAAGUAUUUGGCAGGGCUUGGAGCACACCUCUGACAACUGGAGACUUGUAAGCAACAUGGGCGCAGUGGGGCUUACUCACGCGCCCCUCCCUAAAUAUACAUAUAUAUUACUUUGAUUACAUUCAGUGAGCAAUUGAGAUAAGGCCGGCAACCAUCUGAUUUCUCAUUUUUGCAAAUGCAGCUCACCUGUCUGUCUCUCAACAGGCAAAGGAAGCCGGAGCUGAUGAUAUACUUGACAUAUCCAAAUGUGAACUCUUAGAGGUAUGUUUCCGGUGAUGCUGACUCCCAAAUGUUGGCCAAGUGGUUGGGUGGGAGACAUGCUGUUGACAUCAGAACCUAAGAAGGGCCCUGCUGGAUCAGACCAAUGCCCCAUUUUGCUCAGCAUCCUGUUCUCACAGUGGCCAGCCAGAUGCCCCAGUGGGACAGCCGCAGGUACGACCUGCGCAUAAGAGCACCCACUCCUCCUGCAGCAUCGAAAAGCAUUACUGCCUCCAACUGUGGAGGCAGAGCAUAGCCAUCAUGGCUAGUUGCUAUGCAUAGCCACCUCUUCCAUGAAUCUGUCUAAUAUUCUUUUAAAUCUAUCCAAGUUGCUGGCCAUCACUACCUCCUGUGGGAGGGAGUUCCACAGUUACUAUGCAUUGCAUGCAGAAGUACUUUAUUUGCAGCGAUGGUUAAGGAUCAAAAGCUCUGCUGGUUUCACUUCUGGGCGUUGCUUUGGAACUAAACCCCCCCCCCCCAUCCUUUGGGCAUUAUCUUUGAGUUGUGGUGCCACAUUCUGAAGAGUGAUACCUUUUAUUAUCAUCCUUCAGCAGAAGAUGUUAUGCAGGAGCGGGUUCCUCUUUCCACCUGUUUCAGAGGCAGAACUGCGCUUGACACCCAUAACCAUAGGAUCUGUGUUGUAUCUUGACAUCAAGGACUAGGAGCCCUCCUGAUGUUGUUGGACUCCAACGCCCAUCAGCCCCGGUCAGUGUGGCCAAUGGUGAGGAAUGAUGGAAGUUGUAGUCCAACAAUUAUCUGGAGGGCUGCAGGGUCUCUGUCCCUGGGUGGAUCUUCUUGUCAUUCUUAUCAUCAGGAGGUCUGUCCUGCAUAAUACAGGAACAGGGCCUUUUGGAAUGCCCUCCCUUUAAAUAUCAGACAAGCGCUGCCUCUGUUGUCUGUUCUGUGCCUGUGAUGACCUUCCAACAAGCCUUCUAAAGCAGAGAUCUUUCCCCAUCUGCGUCUGCAUUUCAAUUGCUUUUAUGUAGUUUAAUGGUUAUAGUGCUUCUUGUUUGCCAACCAGGGCUCCUUUGGGCAGAAAAUGGGGGCCUAUAAAUCUGAUAAAUAAUGGUAAUAUGCCCCAAGACAAAAUGACCCUUGCAUAAAGUACCGUAUUUUUCGCUCUUUAAGACGCACCAGACUACAAGACGCACCUAGUUUUUAGAGGAGGAAAACAAGAAAAAAAAUAUUCUGAAACUAUUCUAGUUUUUAGAGGAGGAAAACAAGAAAAAAAAUAUUCUGAAUCUCAGAAGCCAGAACAGCAAGAGGGAUCACUGCGCAGUGAAAGAAGCAAUCCCUCUUGCUGUUUUGGCUUCUGGGAUAGCUGCGCAGCCUGCAUUUGCUCCAUAAGACGCACACACAUUUCCCCUUGCUUUUUAGGAGGGAAAAAGUGAGUUAUAGAGCAAAAAAUACAGUAUCUCUUUUGUAUUUUUUUCUGAUCACCCCUCUCUCUCUCACAAUAACAUUUUAUCUGACCAGCAUUUGGUUUUGUUCUAUGCCUGCUUUUAGAUUCCGUAUGGAGCCUUGGCGACCUGUAAAGUCUUGCAGAAGAAGGUAAGGGACAUGUUUCAAUGCGUUAGUACAGGCUUUGUCCACUGGGCAAAAGCCCUCCAGACAUUGUUGCCCUGCAGUUCUCAUCAUCCCCAGCCAGCAUGGCAGUGCUGGCCAUGACUGCUGGGAGUUGUAGUCCAAAAUGGCUCUGCUGACUGGGGCUGAUGGGAGUUGUGGGCCAAAAUAUCCAGAGAGCAUUAGGUUGACAAAGCCCAUGUCGACACACAGGCCAAUAUCAUAAAAUUAGGUGGUGGCAUCUCUAUGCAUCAGACUCUUCCUGUGUCCUCCCCUGCUAAAUAAUUUAUGAGGCUGGAGAACCCUCUUGUCCACACAGAGCAAGAAAUGCCUGGUGGCCUCAAACAAUAGUCAAAGCCUCAUAUGUCCAUAGGCAGAAAUGGGACCCUUUGAGUCUUGGCUUUUGAAUGUGUAGCGAUUCCCUCUCCCUGUUGUGUUUUAACUUUCCUCAAACACCCUGGAGGGUUUUUCUGGGAGCAAAAGCAGUUCAAGCCUAUACAGUGUCUUGCUGGCAAGGUCCAUUUCUUCAUUGUCUCCCGCUCUAGAUCACUUGUUGCACUGGUUUCCCAAAUCAUAGUGGCAGUAAACCAUGAUUUAAAUGGGUGCACUGAAACUGCAGGCACUUCACUCCCUCUGCCCCUCUGUCUCCACUCCCAGGAAACAAGUCUGGGUUAGCGCUACCUCUGAACCCAGGUUCACCAUUUAUUUCUCUCCAAGCAAACCACAAGUGAGUUAGCCAAGAACAAACCUUGAUUAUGGCUCCCAGCAUCACUCUGAUAAUAUCCUCUAUGUAUCUUUCAUUGCUUAGGUGCUGAUUGCUCACACCAAUUGCUUGACAUCUCUGACCCCUAAAUCCUGUAGCAUCCUGAAUCUCCUAACUGUGAAGGUAACUUGAAACUCUUUUUUUUUUUUUUUUUUAUUGCAAAUGACUCAAGAGGUAGGAAUGAAUCAUUGAGUGGAAGCUUCUGGACCUGAUAGUGAAGAAGGCACAGAACCACUGUGUGUGUGUUGACAGAAGGGGGGCUCUUGAAACCAGGUCCCAUUCCAAUGUGAUUUUGUUCCUGGCCUGUUUAAAUAUACGAGAGACCUUGGAGAGAGAAGGGGAAGGUGUCAGAGAUACACAGAGAAGAAUGGGAGGAAGAGAGAAGCAGGGUGUCACAGACCAAGAAAGAGGAAUAAGGGGAUGUCAGGGACAGAGAAGUUUGUGAAAGAGAGGGGAGGGAGUGGGUGCCAAAGACAGAGAAAGAGGAAGAAGCAGUUUGUCAGAGGCAGAGAAGUGAGUGGUCCGCUCUCCGCUGGCUUUGGCCUCUAACAGGUUAGUGCUGAGGAAGUGUGGCCCUCAAUAGGGAAAAAAAGUGUUCUCCAGCCCUGCUAUGAAGGCUUACCAGAUAAAUGAACGGCCAUUUUCCUUCUCUGCCCUUCCAGGUUUUAGAUCUACAUGACAACCAGCUGACCUCACUUCCUCCUGAUAUUGGCCAACUGACGUCUCUCCAGGUAAAAGAGACAAAACACAUCCUGGGGGAGAAUUCUGUUCAGAAUUGUUUCUCGUGUGCAGUGUCAGUGUGGUGACUCAGAAAGUAUGGGAACUUUUCCAUCUCUUUUGGGACCGUGAAGGCUCAGACUAGCCCCUCAAAAUGGGAUAGUGAAACCAGGGCCUGAAUGGAGAGCCUCCUUAUUGCUUGAGGCUAGGACCUUGCUGGGUGAGUUAUUACAGAGCAGAAACAGAGAGAAACCUGUGUGGAACAUCAGCCUGUGUGACUGGCUGCCAGUGUGAAACCUGCUGAUUGGCCAGGUCUCUAUGAAUACCAAGAGCUGGACAUUCCUUUUUUUGUUUUUGUUUUUUUGUUUUAAUGUUUUUAUAUCCUGACAUUCUCUCAAGUUGGGAUUCACAGUGGCUUCCAACAUUCAAAACAAUCAUUGUAAAAUACAAAUAAAAUCAGACGAGUUUAAAAAAUAGCUUAAAUACAUCAAAACACAAUUAGAACCAGCGGUUAAAAUCCAGUUUGCCCUGACAGCAGCUGAAUGAUCAGUAUCAUCUGCACCUUAGUUUCCAAAGGUCCAUCCGAACAUGAAGAUAUUAGUCUAUUGGUGGAAGGAUAGCAAAGAGGGAGCCAGUAUAACCUCUCUUGGGAGGGAUGCUACAAUCGGGGUGCAGUUUCUUUCUUGUGUCACCACAAACAAUGCUUCCAAUGUUGAUUGGGCCAUGAGAAGGUGCUGCCAUGGACUGGCUGGACACAGAGGAAUGGUAGAAGGCACCAGCUGGGGAACCCCCAAGGGACAAAGUUCUCAGAGUCCGGGGAUUGGUGGUGGGACGACAAUGCGUGGUCAGAGGGAGAAGCCUGGAGGAGGAGGUGUUGAAAGCUGAAGCACUAACAGGUUCUAGUGAGCAGGGAGAGUCUGUGACAGAGAGAAGUCCAGAAUCAGAAGUAGAGGCAGAAGCAGGACAGGAAGAAGACCAAGAGGCAGAGAGGAGUCAGGCUGGUGAAGAUACCAGGAUGUCUCCCCCUCCUGCUGCCACAAGCUCUGCUCCCCUUCCCCUGGUCUCCCAGGACCAGGAGAGGCACAAAGAGGGAGGAGCAGAGACAGGUGCAUUGGUAGAAUCUCAGAUUGCUCUGGAAGGAUCUUGGGAAGAAUCUAGGGGAGGAGGAGAUUUAGGCAGCUGCGGGAAGGUGGGGACCUUCAGCCUCCACAACUGCCUUAUAGGGGCAGAGUUGCUGUGCUCAUUAGGCAUGACACCCCUCAGCUGACCUUGUUUCUUCUAAGAAGGAGUUAACUGCAUUUACUCUGUGUGAUUUGUUGCUGGCUGGCUCCCUUACAAGUGCUCGCCUGAGGAUCUUAGCACUUGAGGUUUUAGCAGGGUCAUCAAAACAAGACGUUUUGUCUCCUUCCCUCAAGACCAGGCUGCUGAACUCAAGAGACUCAGCACUCUGUAAAGUGCACCCUCUGACUUGGAUUUCACAGGAACUUCCUACUGCCUCUCUCUAAUGGAACAGGAAGGAGACCGACCCCUCUUGUUUCUGCUCUCUGUCCUUGAUAGGUCCUGAACUUUGAAAAGAAUCUGUUGAAGGCCCUUCCAGAUUCGAUAGGGGACCUUGUCCAGCUGCAGACGCUUAAUCUGAAAGGUAGGAGAAAAUGCCUCAGGCUGCAAUCCGCAGGGAUAAGGCAACAUAUUUCACAGUAAUAAAAACACACAAAUCUAGUUUUAUAAAUAGUUGUAGUAAAAACAUCCAUUUCCUGCAUCUGCCCAAACGCCCAGGGUAACCAAGAAUGUUGUUGCCUGGUGCCCAAGCAGUGACAAGGCUGGUACCAGACCAUAGCUGUCAACCUUCCCUUAUUUUGCGGGAAAUUCCCUUAUUCCAGCGCCGCUUCCCGCUGCUAUCCCAGACUGUUAGAUAUCCCGUAGACUGUCCCUGGGAUAGGUAAGGCUGCUGAUCCCUUAUUUUUGAGGCUGCUGAUCCCUUAUUUUCAAAUCUGAAAGUUGACAGCUAUGUACCAGACUGGACUUCCCCAGGGGAGCAUUUUCCAUUCUAGGGGUCGAUAGGAAAAGAAUUGAAAAUAAAACUUCUGACAUCAUCAAGCCAUUAUACAAAUACACACACGCACACAUAUCCAAGAAGUGUGUUAAUAUCUGCAUCUUGCACAUUCUGCCUUCUCUCUUUUUUUUAAAGUAACUUUUAUUCAAAAUUUCAACAUAACAAUUUAUCAAAAACAUAUCCUCCUCACUUCCCCUCCUAUUUUCCCCUCCCUCCCCAUAAAAGCCCUCCCCCACCCCCGGACUUCCCUCAACUCCUCUUUCUGGUUUUUCAGCACACGUUAUUCUUUGCAUAUUAUAAAAUUGUAAAGAUCUUUAAAUUAUCUGUCUUUAUGUUACCCAUAAUAAAUUUGUGUAUGUUUAUUCAAAACCUGCCAAGGAGUCCAGCUCAUUUUGUUGUUUCUUUAAGUACUUUGUAAAAGGUUCCCAUUCUUCUUUGAAAUCACAGUUGUCCUUAUCACGCAGUUUGUGUGUCAAUUUCGCCAAUUCCGCAUAGUCCAUCAGUUUCUCUUGCCACAGUUCUUUUGUCGGGAUUUCUUCAUUCUUCUAUCCUUGUGCUACUAAGACUCUUGCCACCAUUGUCGCAUACAUGAAUAUGUUCUUCAAUUUCCAUGGCAGGUCUUUUCCUACAGUCUCUAACAGAAAUGCUUCAGGCUUUUUUACAAAUGUUAAUUGGCACAUUCUGCCUUCUCUGGCAGGCAACAAGCUGAAGGAACUGCCAGCCUCCCUGGGUGGCCUGCGUAGCCUACGAACCUUAGACAUCAGCGAAAACCUAGUGCAGGAGUUGCCGCAGGCACUGGCUCACAUCCGAACACUGGAGGUACGUGCCCAAAGAAGUUUUUGCUUUGUUUGUGUGUGUGUGUGUGUGUGUGUGUGUGGUGCAAAAUUCAUAUUGAGCGGAAGGAAGAGGUCAAUAUGGAGCUGGAAAGGAAAGCUUUGCUUCUUUCAGAUCAUAGUAGGAUGCAUAUAAGCAACUCUUCUCUUCCUGGGAAGCUUGUGUGCCAAUCUAGCCUUGUACAAAGGGCAUGAAUCUCAAGAAUUCUCCUGCAUUGCUCAUCAACUAAGACCCUCCUCCAAGUGCCGUCUGUUGCUGAAGUGUGUUGUGAUUACAUCAGUAGUUUAGUGGCCAGUUCAGAAGUGCAGGGUCCUUUCUUGAUGGUCAAAGCCACACCCCUUCACAGCUAGAUCCCUUUCUAAAAUGCAACAGUUUUAUAAUUAUGCAGUAAUAAUAAUUAGUGACGCAUUGCAACGAUCAAUGCCGAUCUUCAUUUGUUGCCUUUCAGCUAGAUCUUCCAUUUACUGUGCAUUUGCUGUGCAAAUGAUUUGGAGUCCUCCAACAUCUUCUCUCAGAGUGACUUAAGUUGUGAUUCUCUUGGAAGUUUCAUUGUAUCUAACAGAACUUGCACACUAUUCUCUUGAAACCAAAGCAGCUUUUGUUUUCAGGGUUCCUAAAUGCUUAACUGUGGGGCUCACAUAACUCUUUCUCCUCAGUAUUUUCCCUGCUUGCUUUCUCCAGAGUGAUCCUUGGAGCCAGUCCUCAGAGGAUGACUCCCUUUCCUUUCAUUCUGAUUGGCUCAAAUCAACACAAAGGCUAAGACUUCUUCCCAGUGGCUAAAACCCCCUUUUAUGUGGAUUGGGUGACACUGGGGACUGGGGCCAUUUGGGGGGGGGGGAAUAGUAAUGGGUCUUCAACCUUCCAUGACUCUGGACUACUGUACUUCUGGGUUGCACAGAAGAGAAGAGGUUGUAGCCAACUAAGUUCUGCUCGUAGUAGACCCAUCAAAAUUAAUGGGUCAAAGUCAUUUGUUACCUUUCAAAACAUCUACUCUGAGUAGGACUAGUACAGGAGACAACCCAUGGCCUUUUUGGCAGUGGCUCCUUGAUUUUAAAAUGCCCUUCCUAGAGGAGCUUGAUAGGCACUGACCUUGCAAUUUUUUCAGCAAUUAGUUAAGACUUUAUUGUUGACCAGGGUAAUUUGAAAGGGGUUCUGUUUGCUUUCAGCCAGCUUUUGGGUUCUAUGUGGCUGCCUUUCAGUCAGUUUUCUUGUUUUCUGAGGGAUUAUAUUUUUUCCUUUCAUUGCAUUUCAUCAUCAUUAUUGUGCGCCAUCCUGGGAUCCGUUUGGAGGAAGGUAUUUUGGAUGAUGUUAAAAUGCAUUUCAAAAGAGGGGUUUUUUGUCCACCUCAAAAAGAAUUUUCAAGGCUAGAAAAGGUUCAGAAAUUAACAACUAGGAGGAUAAAAGGGAUGGAGCAACCCCCCCGUGAGGGAAGGUUACAAUGUUUGGGCCUUUUUAGUUAGAGGAAAGACAGGUAAAUGUCAGGAGGGGGACAUGAUAGGGGUAUAUGAGAUUAUGCAUGAUGCAGAGAAAGUGGUUUCCUCCCUCUCUCAUAUUGCUAGAAUUUGGGAGUGUUUCUGUUGCAUUUGGAUGCUGCUUGUCUGCUUCCCAUAGGGACAUCUGGCUGGCCACCGUGAGAACAGGAUGCUGGAUUAGAUGGGCCUUGAUCCAGUAGCCAGGCUCCUCUUACCUUCUAAAAUAAUUAUAUAUCUGUCUGUUCUGCAGACACUGACCCUGGAUGCCUCGUCCAUGUCCUACCCGUCCAAUUACAUCUGCAGCGCUGGCACAGAGGCCAUCCAGCAGUUUCUGUGUGGAGGUGAGCAGAGCAGAGGGCCUGCCUAGUGCAAGCAGGGUGGAGAGGACCAGCCCAACAGUGCCUGAUGCCUCUGAGACUCUUUCCUCUCCUGGGAUGAAGGGCCUAGGGAGGGGCUGUAGCUCAAUCGGAGUGCAUCUGCCUUGCAUGCAGAAGGUCCCAGGUUCAAUGCCCAGCAUCUCCAAGUAGGGCUGGAAGAGAACCUUGUCUGGAAUUGAGAAGAGGGGCUGCUAGCCAGUGUAGAUGGCCCUGAGCUACAUGGACCAACUGUCUGGCUCAGUAUAAGGCCGCUUCCUAUGAAAACAUGCUUGCUGAAUUCUAGAGCCACCUUGAUGCGUUUGGUGGCCAAGCAGGGCUCAGGUCUCCCUGACUCAUUGUUAGCACUCUGCCCAGUGCAUCACACUUAGGUGUGUGAUACCUGAACCCUGCCAAUAACUGACCUGCCCGUGCUGUCUUCUGGUUUCUCCCAGAAUUAGGAAUCGAGUACAAUCCUCCCUCACAGUAUUUACUCCCAGUGUUGGAAAGUGACGGAGGUGAGACUUCAGUGGACGGAGUCAGCAGGAUGGUCACGAAAUAUGCGGAGAAUGAGGCUCAGUGGCAGGUAAUUGCUGAGAAGCAGGCCAUGGUCUUCAAAUUCAGGGAUAGGGAGUAUGUUACCCUCUGGAUGUCGCUGGAUUCCCAUCGCCCUUGACCAACUGGCCAUGCCGGCUGCAGGGGCUGAUGGGAGUUGGGCAUCCUAACAGUAUCUGGAGGGCCACAGAUUCCCCAGCCCUGCCUUCAACCUAACAAUGGUCACUGGCUCCCCUGAAAAGUGAGAGGUGGGGUGUGUGUGUCUGUUUGUUUGUUUGUAUGAAUGAGUGGGUGGGUUGUGUUAAAGCCAGUUAAAUCCAGGCUCCUUUUGUGAGAGCCAGUGUGGUGUAGUGGUUAAGAGCAGUGGACUUGUAAUCUGGUGAACUGGGUUCGCUUCCCUGCUCCUCCACAUGCAGCUGCUGGGUGACCUUGGGCUAGUCACACUUCUCUGAAGUCUCUCAGCCUCACUCACCUCACAGAGUGUUUGUUGUGGGGGAGGAAGGGAAAGGAGAUUGUUAGUUGCUUUGAGACUCCUUAGGGUAGUGAUAAAGCGGGAUAUCAAAUCCAAACUCUUCUUCUCUUCCUCCUUUUUCAGAACAAAUUUAUGGACUACGAGAAGCGGAAGGUAAGAAACAUUUCCCAUUGCUCAGCCCUUCUCCUUUUUGGAAAACUGUUAUACCCUCCAGAUGGCUCCUUCAGCUUGUUCCAUUUCUUCACUGGAUCUGCCAGUUUCUGUGGGAAAGUAUUAUUUACGUACACGAGUGGCCCACAUAAAAUAAUGAUGAUGAUGAUGAUAGUGCCAUCUGAAGAAAAAUAGAUCUGGCUCAGUUCCCUCAGUCAGCAAAUUCAUUUGCUUUAAAGCCAGGAUGGGAAAGCUUUUGGCCCUUCAAGGUUGCUGGAAUACAGCUGCCAUCAUCCCUGAGCAUUGGGCAUGCCGGCUUAGACUGAUGGGAGUUAAGGGUCCAGCAAGAUCUGGAGGGCCACAGGUCCCGCCCCCUCUAGUGUAAAGUAUUGAAAUAAUAAAAAUGCUUCAGCCAGAAUGGUAGCCAGAGCACCUUACACAAGAUGAGUAGCCAAAGUCCUUAACCUGCAGGUGUAUAAUCUAAGACAUGGCACAAAAGGAAUGAAGAGAGAAGAGGCAAACAAGUAAGCUCAUGCAUUAGUUCUUACAAAGUUCUCGUAACAAACAGCUUGGAAAGGAAAGGGUUUAAGGAGAGAGGAGGAGCCCAAAGUGAGCUGGCUUGCCAGCUGAAUUGAUGGAGUGGGCACCCGCAGUCCCAUUCUUACUCUAUGCUCUAGCUUGAGGGAUUAAUUGCCCACUGGGUGGCAGCUGAAGGAGAGAGGAAAAUUCAGUGGAAGUUGAGGUGGCAGAGUUGUGUCUGGACUAUACCACUUCAAACUGCAGGUGUUAGCUCAUACAACUGAUUGCUCCUCUGCUCACACACGCACCGCCCGCCCCCCCAAGAAAAGUAGCAUAUCUAGCCUAGCUUUUCCAUGGCACACUAGAUUUCUACAUGCAUGGGGAUUAUCUAUUGGGAGGGAUUUUUUUCAAAAAGCUUUAUUUGUAAGACUUGAUGACAACAAGCAAAAAAACAUGCAGGGGAAUAACCCAUACUAUAUUUUGUGUGGGUGAGCUUUCAGUUAGGCAAGCUCUCCCCCCCCCCCCCGCCCCCACCUGCAGUCUGUAGUCCAAACACAGGUUUGUCCACUUCUAUCUGCUGUUUAUGAACACACAAGCCCUGUCUCUCGUCAUGCACCAGGAGGAACACUACAAGCCACAUGUUCACAUGUUUGCAUGUGUGUGCUGAUGAGGCUUUUUGUUGGUCCUUCCCAGGAGCAGAAGAUGCAGGAGAAGCUGGAGUUUGAGCGCUGGUUGGAUCUGGAGCAGCGAGGUCAAGCCCAGCUCAUGCACCAGAGCCACGCCCAGAAAGGGGAGAUCCUCCAGAGCAUGAAGGAGGUAUCUUGUCUGUCUCCCUUUUCCACCACCACCCCGGACCCUCCUGUUGCUCCAUGGUUAAGCUGCUCAAAAAUAUUUCUAAGUAAAAGAAAAUGAAAUAGGUCAUCCUAGGAUGGAUUGAUAAUUGCCCUGUAGGCAGUGAUGAUUGACGCCCUUUGAGACUGGUAGGGCGGAAGACAGGGAGCCCAGCAGUAGAUGGCGCCAGAGCCAAUGACAGAUAGAGACUGCUAAGUACUUUUGUCCUCAUCGUCACUGCUGAGUUCUGCAAGGGGCCACCCAGAGACUAAGAAGGAAGAAGCCGGCAGGCGGUGCUGCUACCCACUGAACUGGUUGCAAGUAGGAGGGUAGACUGGGUAGGCAGUGCCCCAUUCACCCUGAUGGACCAGCCUCCACUGCCCAUAAGAGAGGUUCAUACAUUUGCUUAUUGUGGUUGGGAAAUUGUGCCAUUCUGAAGAAUCUGGAUGUAGGCUUACCCUCGGGUCGCAAGGUCCAGGGAGGCCUCUGUGGGAGAUAAGGCUGUCCUGGAGAUCAAGUGAAAUGGUCCUUUGAUGCUGUUCUCCUCUCUGCUUGCAGGAGCAGGUGAGGCUGGAGCAGGGCCUGACCCGGCACCAGGAGCGCCUGGGAGAAGAACGCAUGAAGCUGUUGGAGCAGCUGAAGCAGAUGGAGCAAGGGGUCUCCGGGCGGAUCAAGAAGCUGCUGGAAGAGAACCAGAGGUCAGAGGUGGUGUUGAGCAACAGUCACAGGAGCUAGGGAGCUACGCUUGCAGCUCUUGACUGUUUUCACUCCCAGGCUGGGUUUAUUGCACCACGGUUCAAAGACACCUGGACUGGAUUUUCAGAUCUGAUGGUGUGACUCCAGACAAGGAGUUCAGUUAGGGGUGGGGAACAUUUUUAGCUGGAGGAUCAUAUUUCCUUCUGGGGUCACUUGCCAGUGGUUUGCGGGGCCAGAGGCUAAAAUAGGUGGAGCAUCACAUGCAAAUUAUAUAUUGGAACUCUCACACACAGCUCUCUAUCCUCCCAUCUAGUCAACCAAGAGGCAUUAUCAGAGUUCAGGGGCACAUCCCAGCCAAACACUCAAGAAUUUAAGUAGAGCUGGCAAGGGGGUUGGCUGGGGAGAGUGCCAAGGACCAGGCAGAGAGGCUUGGAGGGCCAAAUUCAGCCCCUGGAUCUGAGGUUCCCAGCUCUCAAGUUAAGAGGUCAAACAGGAAUAGCCCUGUCAGGACAUCUCUGAUGUUACCAAAAUUGGUCCAGGAUUUUUCCUUUGAAAGUAAAUCCCAAGAGUCGUGGUCUGGAAAUGCCAGACCCUUCAUAGCGGAAUGAGCUUUUCUCUCGCCAUCUUUUACCAAGAUCCUUCACCCUGUUGCUUCAGCCAUGAUUUGGUUCAGGUGGAGAGUUUAUAUAGGACUUUAUAUAGGUUCCACUCCAUGCUGGUUCUCAGCCAGGUGCUGGUCCAGACAGGUGGUUGCAUGAGCUUUCCCCCUCCUCUUAGAACUGAACCAGGACUAAUAAUGCCUUCUGGCGUUUUUUCCCCUCCUUGCUUUCUUUCUAGGCAAAAGCAGAGCUCUGAGAUUCUCAAAUCUCUGGAGAAUGACCGGUGAGUGUCCCAGAUGCUCUUGGCUGGGUAAGGAGCGGGGAGGAUGAUGCCUUUGCAUGAGAACAUAAAAAGUGUUGCCUGGGUCAGGACAAUGGGUGGUCUAGUUCAGCAUCUUGUUCUCACAGUGACUGACCAGAUGCAUCUUCUGACCACCACCAGCAACUUUCUGUACUUGGUUCCCAGCACCUGGCAUUCAGAGGCAUGCUGCCUCCAUUAUAGCUUUCAGCCAUUGAUCGCCUCCGGGGAAAGGCCAUAGCUCAGUGGUAGAACACCUGUUUUGCAUGCAGAAGGUCCCAGGUACCAUCCUUGGGAUCUCUAGGUGGGGUUGGAAAAAGCUCUCUCUCUGAAACCCUGGAGAGUUGUCGUCAGUCAGUGUAGGCAAUAGUGAGCUAGAUGCACCGAAGGUUUGACUUGGCGUAAGGUGACUUCCUCAGUUCCUAUCAUCUUUUCAUCCAAGAGUUUGUCUUAUCCUCUUGAAAAAUUUCACAUGCUAUGCAUAAAAAUGUGAGGUGACCGUUGCUUUCAUGCCCAGGCUUCCCAGAGGCUUCCGGCUGCCCCCUGCUGGAAACUGGAACACUAGAUUUGACGAGCCUUCAAUCUAAUCUAAACAAUGAAAGAGGCAGGGCAGGCCUUGCCAUUGGCUGACACUUGAGGGAAGGGCAUGCAAUGGCUGAAUCUCUCCCUUUUCCCCUGCCAGGAUCCGGAUGGAGCAGCUGAUGGCCAUUACUCAGGAGGAGGCUGAGCAGCUGCGCAGGAAGGAAGUGGCCUGUGAGUGCGGCUGUGGGAGUUCUGGGUGGGAGUCUUUACACCCCAGGCAUAGAACUGCUUCUCCUGACUAUGUUGAUUUCUACAGAAAGAACGUGGAAUAUUUUCCCACUCAAGGGCUGCAUUCUCUUCUGGGCAGCCAUCUGGGGGCCACAUGCCAGGGUGGGUGGGACAACAAAUGUAAUUUUUUCCUUUUGUACCAUAGCCUAUUUUUUACAUACACAUGCACACACACACACCCCGUCCUCCAUCAUGACAAACGAGGUAUUUUUAGAAUUCAAGGAGACACUUCAGCCAGCCAAAAGCCCCUGAAGAGGACCAGAGUAAGGCAUUGUGUCUUGGGGAGGAUUCUGAGGACCAGGCAGAGAGACCUGGGAUGCUACAUUUAGCCCCCUGGGGCCUGAGGUUCCCCACCCCUGGCUUAGUGCAUGGAAGAGAUUGUUGGGAUGCUUUUGAUCCAAACUUAAGUGAGAGUGCUGCCCGCAAAAUUCUGCACGAAUCCCCAAAAACUCUCCAAGGUUUUUCACCAUUGAGGUUUAUACACUCUGUAUUUCUUCCCCCAUCAACAACAAAGGCACUGCCGUUUUGGUUCCUCCUUCCCUAGAAGCAGACACAACGCUUCCCUACCUACCCCUAGUUCUGCUCUUUCAUUUCUCCUGUACAGCCCCCCCCCCCCCCCCCGGUUUUCAAACCUUUGCUAAAUUGUGGAAUGUUGGAGGCAGGGAAUGGAUUUGGAAGCCUCCUGAGCUGCUUCCUGAUCUCUGGAAAAUUUUGGUGCUAUUCUAAUGUGUGGGAGGAGACAGUUUUUGAACAGGCUCUUAUAAGCUCAGGAGACGCCUCCAGGACCCUGACUUCCUGCAUUUUCUUUCCUCCACAGCGGCCAUGCAGCAGAUGCUGGCCGAGACCUAUAAGAACAAGCUCCUGCAGGUGGCUUACGAGUCACGCCGGCAAGAUCUUGUCAACCAGACUUGUUCCAGGUACUCCCAGAGAGAAUGGGGCAUUUCUCUGCUUUGUGGGGAGGGGACCAUAUUUAUUAUUAUUAUUGUUGUUGUUAUUAUUAUUAUUAUUAUUAUUAUCUAUCCUUUCAUCCAAGAAGCGUAAUGUUCUUUCCCUCCACUUUUUAUCCUCACAACAAUCCUGCGAGGUGGGUUUGUCUGAGAGAGAAUGAGAAUGAGUGGCUCAGGCUCACCCAGCAAGCUUUGUGGCUGAAGGGUGAUUUGAUCCCGAUUCUUCUCCCACAGGCUGACUUUCUGUCCACAACACUGUGCUUCGUAGAAAGGGAGGUGAUGCUGUUGUUUUUAUUUGUGUGUGUGUGUGUGUGUGUGUGUGUGUGUGUAUUGCUGUGAUUAACAAGAGAAAGGUUUUAUACAUGAGGUGAAAUGUUUCUGCUUUCAUCUCACUAGCUGCUCUGGCUGGAAAGGCGGAGCAACCAGUUGCUUAGACAUUUCGAUUCUGAGGGCCGCAGACUGUCGGACUUGUCAGUAGCAGCAGUAGAAAUUAUGCCACAGGAUUAGCAAAGAGCGCACUGGCCACCACAUGCCCUCAUCCAGGAGAACAACACCAGCAUCACUUAGCUUCUGCAAACGAAGCCCUUCUGAACGUUCAGUCUCAGAGCUCUGUAAGUGCCACUAUGGAAACGGCAGGCUUUCGUUUUUAGUGGAAUAGCUGGCAAAGGUGGAAGCCGAAAUGUUUUGCCACAUAAAUAGAACCUCUGUUUUGUUAAUCACAGCAACGUAUAGAUUAUGUGAGUGCAGGGGUGGGAAACCUCUGGCACAUGGGUCAGUCUUGCUCCCUACAUCCAGGGAGUCUAAUUUGGCCAAUGAUGCCAUUCUGCUACCUGUUGAUCAGCUGACAUCACUUGUCAUUUAGAGUGAUUGGAAGUCUGACAAUAGAUGGUGACAUGGGGGUGUGGGGUCCCUCCAUCCCCAUGUGCCAGAACCCAAGAACACCAUGCUCACACUGGCUUUGCUAGAGUAAGCCAGAAAGGUGGAGGGAGGGAGGGAGGGAGCGAGCGAGCGAGAGAGAGAGCGCUUGGGGUAUUGGCUCUGUUCCCUGAACCCACUGGAGUUAGUUUGGUUCCAUUCUCUGACAGGCUUUGAUUUUCCCCAAACGUACUGAUACUAGUGGCGCCUGUCCUUACAGCCUCUAAAGGCCUUCCAAAGCGCUUCUCACCCUCGGUUUGCCUCUGUCUCCUGGGAGGCAAUGGUGGUAACCCUUGGAAUGUUUUCUCUUGUAGCCUAGCCAAGAUGGACCAGAAGUUUCAGCAAAUCCUAGCUUGGCAGGAGCUGGACCAGAACAAAGCCAUCAGCCAGAUCCUGCAGGAGGUAUUAAGCUGGAUAUGGGUGCAAAAAGGGCAGCACCUCUGUAUGCAGGAUGGGAGAGGGUGAGCCAAGGCAAGGUAUGGCGGGGGGAGGGGGAGAAUCAGAGCUGUAGACUUGGAAGGGGCACAAAAGGACAUCUCGUCCAACCCCCUGCAAUACAUACCAAGUCCAUCUAGCUAAGUUGUUAGCUCUUUCUGUGCUUUGGCCCCAGGUUACUCUUGGAGCACUCCUGGGUGGGAAGCAUUCUCAAAAGAGUUCCCUUGCCCCUUUUCAUCACAGCCCACCACUCUGUUUUGGCUUAUAUACACAGUGUUUUCUCUCGUUCUGAAAUAAUGAUUUCAAUGUAUGAGUUGCCUCCUAUGAAGCCAUUAUGGUUGGGACUGAUAGGAGUUGUGGUUGAAAACGUCUACAAGUAGGCAAGGUUUGUGGCAACUGGAGUAAAUCUUUAGGCGAUUUCUCAAGGCCCACAACAAUGGGGCCUGAUGUUAUUCCGGUUGGAUCAUGUUCCCCAACUGGCCAGGUGUGCUCUCCUGAACUUGCAUGUGCUGUUUUUUCAGAGUGAUAUGCAGAAGGCUGCAUUUGAAGCCCUCCAGGUGAAGAGGGAUCUCAUGCACUGCCAGAUCAGAAAUCAGGUGAGUGGAAGUCAUGGGUCUGCAGGGACUGGGAUUGGGUGGGGUGAACAGUUGACAGUUUCUCACAUGGUCCAGCUUCCUUCUCAAAGCCAUUGGAACAAGGGGAGCUCUCUGGAGCUCUGGACAGCGGAAUCCUCUCCCUACCUCCCUCAGGCCCAGGAAGGUCUGCCUCAUCUCGGGGGGGAGGGGCUCCGUUUGCAUUUCCAUCCCACGGCAGCCCAUGAACAGCAUGAUCUCCAUUAUUACAGUGGUUGUCGUGUAUAAGUUUCUUCAUUCAUUUUAAUUUGUUUCUGACCUUCUUGUCAAAUCCAUUCCGACCAACAUGGAACACAUUGCUUCUUAAGGUCAGGCUGUCCCCCACCAGGGCAGUGAGCUGUUGCCAGUGGUUUGAGGUGGUAGAGUUUGCAAGGUUGUCGGCGCUAUCCCCCCACCCGACCCUUAGCACUUGGCUAGCUGGGGUCCCAAGGCUUUUUCUUCUGCCCGGGGAGAGGGUUUCCUGAGAGGUGCUGGUGUUUGUGGUCUUCCCUCUUCUCUGGUGGCUUUGCUGAACUGUAACAAGCUCUGGAAUCUGCAUCCGGUUUCUCUCAGAAGCCUCCUGGAUGCUCAGUGGCUCACGAGUGAUCCUAGGCUGGCCAGCUAACUAGUGGGAAGAGCCAUAGCAGAGUGGCAGAGCACCUGUUUUGCAUGCAGAAGGUCCCAAGUUCAAUCCCCAGCAGCAUUUCCAGGUAGGGCUGGGAAAAGACUCUUUGCCUACAGCCCUGCAGAACGGCUGCCAGUCAGUGUAGACAAUCCUGAGCUACAUGGACCCAAUGGUUUGGCUUGGAUAAGGACGCUUCCUAUGUUCCUAAGCUACCUCCACUUCUAGAGUGAAGUGGGGGGGGGUGUCUUUAUCUCAGGGCUGGGGCAACCUGUGACCCUUCAGCUGUUGCUGGACUCCAGUUCCCAUCAGCCAGCAUGACCAGUGGUAAGGGACAAUGGGAGUUGUACUCUGCCAUCAGCUGGAGAGCCACAGCUUCCCCCAGCCCAGGUUUAUCUCAGGUGUGUGAAACCUUGUGGCUCUCCAGAUGUUGCUGCACUACAACUCCCAUCACUCCUCUGCCCCAGCUGUGCUUGCUGGGGCUGCUGGGAGUUGUAGUUCAGCAGCAGCUUGCAGGCCAAAAGUUCCCCAGCCCUCCUUUAGCUGAAGGCUUGUACCUGGCCUUUGAGGAAAGAGCACCUCAGUUCCCAGAAUAAGGUUUCCCCUUGGUUUUAGGAGAGCAGGGUAUUUCGUCGUGAUUUGUCAGGGGAGGGGAUUAAGCUGUAUUUCCAAAGACUCUUUGCAGUGGGCUUUGUUUAUCCCCACAUCUCUGGCCAGGGUUGAUAAGAGUUGUGGUCCAGAGCAUCUGGAGGAUUUCAGGUGGGUGAAGGCUGUUCUUGAGGAUGCCACCUGCAGUUUGCACACCACAGCAUCCAGCUGGUCACCAUGAGGACUCCCUUCCCCAGAAUGAAACCCCUCUUGGCCCCACACCAGUGGCAGGCAAGGAGGGUGCUGUGGGAGAGACCUCCAGGUGCUCAGCUUAACUCUUCUUGGGCCAAAUGAGUGCUAGUAACUACAGCGAUGCAGUUAUAGGACCAGAGUGCGAACAGCAGAGAGCGGAGUCCUUCCCGAUGCAAGUAAAAACCAAACAAACCUCCCCCUCCCUUCCUUGUUUCAUCUUCUGCCUAGAUUAAAUUAAUAGAGAGAGAGUUACUGCAGCUGACCCAGCUGGAGUUAAAGAGGCAGCAGUUGGACACAGAGGCGCUGCAGGUACGUCAGCCUCUUUUGGACCUCUCCCUCGGCUCACGUUCUUCCCGCCCUGCUCUUCCUUCUGCUUUCUGAGGUGUCUUGGUGCUUGAGGCAGGAAUUUGGGGGAUGGGAUGGGGGGAUUCCCUGGUUCCUGCCUCCUGGGGCUUUAUUUAGCACGCGCUGCAAACGCUACUGCUUUUGGAGACCUGGGGAUCUGUAGGAAUAGCCUGCUGUAGUGUUCAGAGGGGGAAAUGGUGGGUGGGCUGGCAGGAAAAAGGGGUUGAGAUCUGCUGAGCAUUCCACAUUUUCUGCAUUUUUGAAUUUGAAUUCUUUUCUUUCUUUUUUUUUGCUGGUUUUGCUUCGGUGUGUUUUGUUUUGUUUUUUUGGUUGUUCUCAAAUCUCCACUCCAAAAGCAACAUCCCCAAAGAGCACGCCAUCCUCUCCAUUUGCUCUCCUCAGCCAGCGGAAGAUAGGCUGCAUUAAUCACAAUUAGUAUUCCUGCUUUUAUUUUGCAAGGUGGGGAAAAGUGGUGGGUUGGGGGGAUCCAAGCAAGGUUCUGGUUUUCAGAGUUGCAGAAAGAUGUUUGAAAGUGGGGGGUGGGUCAAAGCCUGCUGAAAUCUCUGAAGCCAGGGCAGGAGUUGAGCAAACUGAGCAACGCUUUGCUCUGUGGCUAGCAGAACAAAUGGAGUGAUGCAGAAUUUCGGCUUCCAUCCACUCAAGUGAGGGCAGAGAAUUUGGGAGUAGCCAAAAACCAUUUGGGGGACUCCGCAUUAGCCAUCCUUGUUGUAAACCAGGCGAGGGAGAAACCUUUGGGGGCCCCCAGAAGUUGGUGGAUUGCCGCUCCCAUCUCCUCCUGGCUGGAAGCCAUGCUGGCUGCUGGGACUGGUGGAAGUUGCAGUUCAGCAGCAUCUGGAGGGCCACAACAAAUUGCCUCCCCACCUGCUUUAAACAAACCUCAAACAGAAGGUUCUGUAUGAGGGUGAAGGAACCUCUGGCGCUUUUGUGACCCAGCUUAGCUCCUUUGAAUCUGUGCUGCAUCUGGAGGUUGGGGAGCAGGCAAUAUGGAGAUGGGGGGAGGGUGCAUCCAGGAUGGUCCAGGUCGAACUUCAGACCCUAGAGCUAGGAUGAUGUUUGGACGCAGCCUUCUAGCCUUGGGGGUGGGGAACAUUUUACAGCAGCGCUGCUUCAUGGGCAGCCUUCCAGGGACCCCAUGCCAGUGGUGGGUGGGUCCAGAGACAAAAGUGGGUGGAGCAACUGGUGUGACUCUUUGUUAAAUAUGCUACAUUUGAAUAGCGGGAAAAGUCAGAGGUUCACACGCAGACACCUCCCUCCCUCUCUCUCCAUCAAGGCAAGCAAGAAGCAUUAUAUCCCAGUUCAUGGGCACAGCCUGGGGUGGGGGGGAUGCAGCCUGGGGAAAUAGGGCAUGGCUUGGGGAGAAUCUCAAGGGCCAGGUAAAGGCACCUGAAGGGCUUCCUUCAGAUCCCAGGAGGCCUAUGGUUCCCCAUUGUGGAUGCAGGCUUGAGCAUCCCCCAAAAGGCAGCCUCUGCUUUGGAAGGUGUGCACUAAGAGGAAGAGCCAGCUGCCUCCUCUGGGGGCAGCCACUUCCACUGCUGCACAGCCCUCAUGGUGCAUGCUUCCUAAUGCCUGUGUGCUGCAUUUCAGGAGGCAAUCACAGAGCAGCGGCAGGCCCUCACCUACCUGCUGCAGCAGCUGCUGAAGGAGAAGAGGCAGCGGGAAGAAGAGCUGCAGGCCAUCUUGGUAAGGAGACAACUCACCUGUAAGCGGGGCUAAUUCUCUCUUCCACUCUCUCUCUCUCUCUCUCUCUCUCUCUCUCUCUCUCUCACACACACACACACACACACACACACACACACACACACAGAGACUGGCUCAGCCUUCUGCCCGUUUCCACACAUGGUGGCUUUGCCCCUCUCUCAGAGGUGCUUUGGAGGAGGCCAGGUGUCAAGCUACACUCCUGGAAUCAGCAAAAGCUGCACAUGGUGAUCCUUUGUUUGCUUGUAUAUCCCACCUUUCCCCCCAAGAAGCUCAAGGAAGGCAUGCAUUUGAACCCUGGUCUCUCCCAGAUCCUAGUCCAACACUCCUAACCACUACACCACCCUGGCUCUCUGUUUUUCUUCCUUGCAGAGGGAGCUGGAAGCUAAGAGUGAGACAAAGCAAGAGAACUACUGGCUGAUUCAGUACCAGCGGCUUUUGGACCAGAAGCCCCUUUCACUCCGGCUGCAGGUGACUGGCUAGCAGAAGUGCUGGGGUGGAGAAGGUUGCCUCUUCCGUGGGCUUCACUGGGUCUGGCAGCCCCUUAUGGUUCUGGCCUCCUCUUUCACCUGUGGCAGGUUCCAGGCUUCCUGGGUCUGGGUUUCCCAGUCAAGAGGCCACCUGGUAACACUGCUGUCCUUUUUCUUUGAAGGAGGAAGGACUGGAACGGCAGCUCGUGAAGCUCCUGGCAGACCUGUCAGCCGACCAGUACACGCCCGUCUUUGCACAUCACCGGAUCUCACUCAAAAUGCUAAGCGCCAUGGUCCCAAGUGACUUGGCCAAGGUAUGUGGGGAAGGUUAGAGCAGGGGUGGGGUGGGGAACCUCAGGUCCAGGGACUGGAUGCUUCCUUUAGGGCCUCUCUGUUUAGCCCUCAGAACUUUCCUCUGGGCUGCACCACUGGAGGCUGGGCACGUGGGGUGCUCCUCCCCAGCUUCAAUCUGCCCUCACUCAGCCAGCCCCCACUUGCAUACCUUCUCACAACCAGUCCAGGGGGUGGAGGUGGCACAACCUCUCACCUUCACCCUGCUCUUAAGUCUCAGGGUUGCUCCUUGCAGGGAGGAGGAUGGGGACAACCUUCAAAUGAGUUGAUUCUGCCUGCGAUUGGCUCUGGCUCUGCCAGGCAUGAGCUGGCUCUGCCUACUGUUUGGGCUCCCUGCCAGUCUCGAUGGGCACCUGCCACCUUUCACUGGACCGGACCAUAAUUUGUACUGAUAUAGAAGUUCCACACACAGUAAAAUGGAUAAAAGUAAACCUGGGAGAGAACCAUGCUGUUCAGAAGGCUCCUUUCUGCGCUCUGCCAUUUGCUUAUGUCCUCUUCCAGAUGGGGAUCACAGAGACAGGCCUGCAGCACUCCAUCAUCCGGAAGGCACGAGAGAUCCACGCCGUGGCUGAAACCAUCCCAGGUAACUUGCUGGAUCCUCUCUCCUAAGGACAUAAGCUGUCUUGUAUAGUUGGAGCAGGGAUUGAGGUUUGGCACAAGCUCCAUUCUCCUUGCCAUCUCUCAUGAGCUUGUUGGGGGGGGGGGUUGGCAUUCUUCCACUGCCUUUCAGCCCAGCUCAUCAGCAAAGCAUCCACUCUGCAUAAAAGUGCUUGUUCUCAGUGCCCAGCUCCUUCCAAUUGCUUGCAGAGUUGCUGAAGCCUACAGAAGAGGCAGAGCUUGCUACUCCGGGGACCAGCAGAGAGCCCCCCACCGCCAUGGCUCCUUCUGCCCCACCACCAGAAGAGCACCGCUGUGAGUGUGUGGUCUGCAUGGAGCGAGAGGUAGGUUGACCUCCACCCAGGAGCUUUGAAAGCUUAACGUGCAUGUCAGGCAGAGUCAGUGGUCCUCAGAGGCAUCAGGGAAUUAGCGUGACACAAUGGAAUGCUACUCCAUCCCUAUGCCAAGGCUAUAGAAGGCCUUCCUAAGACCCAUCAAUCCUAAUCUGUGAUGUUUCUCAAGGCCUGAUCCAACAGGGAUCCUCUGAUGAUGUUCUUAUCUUGUGCCUGAACUUGCUUUUUUCCUCCUCCUUCCCAUCCUUUUUUCCUUGUGUGUCAUGUCUUAGAUGUCAAACCUGAGAGAAGAAACUGUUUUGUUUGUCAGAUGCUCUGGCAGGCUUUGUUGUGGAGGGAUGAGGAUGAAGCGCAGGAUCAGAAUGCUUUGGAAUAAAACCCUGAUCUCUGAUGACAUGUGUGCAAGGGGCAAGUGGCGAGGAGGCCCUGCUGUUGGUAAGAGAUGUGGUCCUAGCAUUUGCCUCUUCCUCUUCUUCUUCUCUUUCCCCCAGGCCCAGGUGGUAUUCCUGACUUGUGGCCAUGUCUGCUGCUGCCAGACCUGCUCCGAGGCCCUGAGCACCUGCCCGCUGUGCCGCAAGGAUAUCGUCCAGCGCAUCCGUCUUUUCCACAGUGGAUAG